AUGGACGCCCAAGACAACCAGGAUGAGACGGAUGAAGGUCGGCAUCUGGCGCCGAAUCUGAACACAAUGUCACUAUACGAUGGAGACCACUUUGAGCCUUCUUUGAAUCUCACGGCCGGUGAUGGUCACAUGCCAUCUGAGAGUGAAAUCAAGUCUCCUAGAAAUGAAUCUGAUUUACUUGUAUUUCCGCAACAAAAAUGGUCACGCCUUCGUCAAUAUUACAAUGAUCACUAUCUCGAGCUUUUCAGGAUGGAUACCGAGGGCAGCGAAGACGUACUUGGCACAGAGUUGCCGGCCACUCAAUUAGGUGCCAGUACCUGGGACCCUGCCGAGAAAGCGGCACUAUUCAAAGGCCUAUGCCGUAAUGGCAGGCGUAACUUGCAAGCCAUAUCCGAGUCAAUCGGCUCAAAGUCGGUUGUGGAAGUCAAAGCCUACCUGGACAAUCUGCAAGAGCAUGAGCUCGACCGGCAACUCUUCGAGCCUCAAACCAAAAACGUGUCGCAUACUGAAAUUCCGGCUGCGAUCGAGGUUGGGCCCGAGUGUGAAAAGGUGCUUGAGCGAGCUGCAGAUGCGCUGGCGGCUUUCCAGGAACAGUAUGACCAUGCCGCAGGUCAAAGGCUGAAUCCCAUAUGGCUCAUAGACCAUGCAACGGCCUUGGAGUUCGAGCAAAAGGCAGAUGAAGAACAGGCAGCAGAUGGGGUUUGCGACAACAAUGCUGAUGAGAACGACCAAUCAGCGUCCGAGGCCGCCGUCAAGCUGUUUCACCUUCCGGCUUUUCUGUCUCUGAGUGAGCAAUUCUUCAUGAAUCAAGGCUCUGAUGGCUGGCACAAUGUUGCCGAGGAUGGGCAAAGACCGGCAUUGACCAUGGAUGUGAUAACCAACUUCUACGAUAUCAUUCUGAACUUCACCAGGAGGUUGGUGCAGACUUGUCUUGUUCUGGCACAGUCUCGAAUUCGGGCAUCGACAACCACGGAUUACAAGCCUUCCAAGCUCGUGAGAUACGAAGACGCCAUAGCCGCACUGUCAGUCUUGAAUGUCAAGAACAAUUCCGAGACCUUCUGGGUUGAAAUGGCUCGCAGAAAUAAAUUGUCUGUGGUAGAUGACUCUCACCGAAAGGAAAAUAGCCGCCGUGCAGUCUUGUCGUACAGGGAGGUGGAGUCGAGACUACGAGAACCCCAACGAAGACGAUCCAUGUCUGCCACGUCUGAAGACUCUAUGCAAAGUCGAGCCUCUUCCAUCGGGUCGGCUAAUUCAAGCGAAGAGAACAGUGGCCAAGAAGAUGCUGUUAUUGGUACCAAUGAGGAGGAAAGCGUGUCUUAUGAUGAAGAAGGCUAUGAGGAGACUUCGAGCAGCUCCGAUGAGCAGAACAGAUCUCCUAGUCCUGAUCAUGCAACCCGACCCACUGCACCAAUGUCCAAGCAAGAACGAGCACAACUCCUUCAAGAAACGGAAGAUGAAUACAUGGAGCGGAUGGACCAGGAAGCGCGCAAGCUGGAAGAGUCACGACUUCUACAACUUCUGGAUGCUCAGUUCGACGAUGUGGUCAAACCAGAGGAGUCAGAAGGCUUGGGGCCACGCCCGAAGGUGUUGAGGAAGACUGUACAGGAAUGCCGAGGGUGGUCAAUCCCACAUCCUCAGGCGGAAUGGGAGCGUGAUGGAACAAUUCUCCCUGCGGAGGAAUUUGCGGAAGUUGGCCACCGUGCGAAAAGGAGAAGGUUGGAGGUAGGAGUCAUUGCUGAGGCUGAAUGA